AUGGGAAAUAAACUUUGUAAAAAGAAAGUGGAUACAGUGGACAAUGUGAAUAAUAUGGAAUCACCUCCUAAUACCUUUGAUAGAAUUAUUAACAGAUUGCAUCUACGGCCCAAUUCAUGGAAAUCAGAAUCACAUUUAAACCAAAAGCAAGUUAACAGGCUGGACGAAAAACAAAAAGGACAAAAAGACAGGAUAGUCAAUUCAAAGCCGCUCUCAAAAUCAACAGAUUGGACCAACAUAGAUUUAGAAGUUCCUGACAAAGAACAAAUUCAUCUUCGUAAUCCGAAGCUGGCUUUAAUUUUUAAUAAUGACGAAGGUACACCAACACCCCCACCGAGAAAAAAUAAAAAAGGAUUUAGAGAAAAAAUUGAGGCUGUCGCUAAGUCUGGCUUACAAGCUUUUCAAUCAAAAAAACCCGUGGAAGAAGAAUUAUUUGUGAAAAAGAAAAUAAAUUAUAGUUGUCCUUACUGUGAUGGAGAUGAAGCCUCGCAUAACAGAGAUCAUAAGCAUCAUCAUAAAAAUAAAAAGCAUGAUAUUCCGAAUGAAAAAGAAAUAGAAAGAAUGAUAGUAAACAAUAAUGCAAUUAAUAAGGACAAACAGGAAAAGGAAAUAAAAAGGAAAAAGAAUUUAUCAGUGGUUUCUCUUCCAAAUUAUAAUGAUUUAAAAUUUACUAUAGCAAACUUUAAUAAUAUUGAUAAACAACAAAGUGAUCGUAAUUCAAUAACAUCACUAAGUGAGUCAAAAAAACAAUCAUCAACUAAACUGGAUAAUUAUAUUACACGUUGUAGAAGCUUUGGAUCAAUAUUCCCUCAACAGAUAAUGGAGAAGCUAAAAACAAGCAAAAAAAUUGCAGAAAUAGAAAGUGAUGAUUCCUUUGGACCACUAGAAGACUGGGAUUUAAAAAUUAUUGAACAUUAUAAUCCAAAGGACGCGAGUUUACCAAGGACAAGAAAAAUACCGGGAAAGAAUGUAUUGGCAGAACUAGAAGGUAUGAUAGUUCAGGAAGAAGAUAUUGCAAAUCCAAUACCUCCAGCGAGGAAAACGGAAUCAAUUUUAAAAAAUAAUAAAAUGCAGACACAGACAUUAUCAAAAAGCUAUAAAGAUAAUAUGUCUAAAGAAAGCAAUGAAAAGAGUUUAGUAAAACCCCCUUCUACACUUGAAGUUAAAAAAAGUGAAAUAUUACCUUCUACAAAUAGACCAUCAAAUACAGAAGGUGCAGAUGAACAUUCAACCUUAAUGAAGAUUUUGGAGAAGUUUUCUAUGAAAUCCGUACUAGAUGAUGAAACUAUUCCUCAUAUUGAUGACGAUGAAGAUGAUGUAAAAUUAAUGCAAAGCCAAUAUAAACAAGGCUAUGUUCAAAAUGGUGCUGUUUCACCUAACAUACAAAAUACUGUAAAAGAGAUUGAUAUGUUUAUACAAUCGGAAGCUAGUAAUACGGCGGCAGAACUAGGGGUUAAAUAUUAA